AUGGAGCUCAAGAAUAUGGACGAGCUAAUCCAGCGACUAAAAAACCUUGAACCCAGACUACAGGAGCUGUCUCGGAUCAGUGGAAUUCCAGGAUGCUCAAUUGGAGUGAUGCAUGAGGGCCAGGCCAUAUGGAAAGCCAAUAUUGGAUACCGUAAUGUGGAGUUGUCAUUGAAAACGCAGUCCGACACAGUAUACAAUUUGGAUUCCAUCACCAAGGGGAUGACGGCUGCAGCAUUCGGGCUCCUGGUAGCGGAAGGUAAAGUCGAAUGGACAACCCCUCUGAAAGACAUUAUCCCGGAGUUUGCUUCCCUUGGAGACGAGCUAGAUAAACAGCUCACACCGCUUGAUUUGCUUUCAAUGCGGUCCGGCAAUACUAUGCUUGACUCUAUGUCCUGGCAGGGGAAUAAUUAUAUUUUCUUCAAAAAGUCAGAGACAAUUGCCUUGUGGAACGCGACUCCUCGACAAGGUAGCUUCCGCAGCUCAUUUCUCUACAACAACUGGGGCUACGCAGUCAUUGGCGUUGUCAUUGAGAAGUUAUCCGGCCAGGGUCUCCACGACUUCCUCAGAGAACGGUUUUUCGAACCUUUGCAACUAAAAAACACUCGGAUGACCGAUUUCAAAGCGGACGAGAAUCGCACCUUGUGCUACGCAAUUUUGGAUGACAGAUCACCAGUUGUAGUUCCAGACCCAGCCAUUGGAGUUGGUACCUUCAUGGAAGGUGCAUCUGGCCUGCUUUCAACUAUAGACGAUGUAUUUGUCUUGUAUCGUGCUUACAUGGAAGCAAUUAAGGACCAGACUGAACGGGGUACAAACAGCACGGAUGGAAAUCCCUUCAAGGAAUGCACGACUCUGAUUAGCGGCCACAAUUUUCUCGGAAAUAGCACUUCUUUAAGGGAGCAAGCCUAUGGGUGCGCCUGGGUGCGUUGCCAGCUACCAGGUCCUCUUGGCAUGCUCAGCAUGAAUAUGAAACUUAUGGAAGUUGAGCCCCAUAAUGUCAUGCCGAAUGCCACGGAAGGCUCACCAUCCCGCUUGUGUCUUUACCACCAAGGACUCAUGCCUGGGUCCUCUGCCAAUGUUGCUUUGCUGCCAGAAACAGAUACUAUUGUGGCGGUUCUCGUCAAUGCAUGCCCACUUGGCGACGGGGCAGACUGGAUAUCUCAGGCGAUCAUGGAAGUUAUCUACGACGCACCUAUUCGACACGACUAUGAAGCUUUUGCAAGAGAGGCUGCCGCUAAAGUUCUUGAUCACCUACCUUCAUUAAAGCGCAUUCAGGAGAAACAUCAGCUUAUGGGUACCAAGCCGUCGCUGCCCCUUUCCUCGUAUGCGGGUAAGUAUCAGCAUGACAAGACAAGCUUCUGGAUAGAGAUAGCCGUUGUGAAAGAAUGCUUGUCGAUCUGUUUCAUGGGAGUAGAGAUGGAAACGUACGAGCUCCGUCAUUAUCAAGACGAUACUUUCACUUGGAUGAUAUCGUUCAACGAGGCUGCUCGACGGGGACGCUUUGUUCACUACUACGAUGCAGCGCAUUACCUAAUAAAAUUCGAGGGAGAUGAUCAAGGGGUUCUUAAGUUGCACUGGCAUUGCACCAGAGAUACUGGGGAAACUCCCUACCUCUUUCUGAAAACACAUGUCUAG